CCGCGGGCGCGGAUCCUUUACAGUUUUACGGACCCGCCUUUCAGAUCCGGGAUCCGAGUCCCAAUUUGAACAGUAGAAGCCCGCCAGCGAAUGCUCUCAGCUCCCACGCUUCAGUUCAAUUCUUCCAUUUUUUUUCUGUUUGAUUCCACAAGAAUCGACUGAGAGAAACUGAGACAGAAUUCAAGCUUGAUAACGAGGGGAGGGAUGUCAUCAUCAUCAGUUCAUAGCGAUUCACAAUCCAAAAACCCUACCGGCUCGUACAGCCGCAAAGAGAAAUCGCUUGGUGUUCUGUGCUCCAAUUUCCUGAGGCUGUACGAUCGAGAUGAUGUGGAUUGCAUUGGAUUGGAUCAUGCGGCAGAUCAAUUAGGUGUUGAAAGACGUCGAAUUUACGAUAUUGUUAACAUACUAGAAAGUGUUGGGUUGUUGUCCAGAAGAGCUAAAAAUCAGUACACUUGGAAGGGAUUUGCUGCAAUUCCUCGGACUUUGGAUGCACUUAAGGAGGAGGGUUUGCGAGAGAAGCUCAGUGGCCAAAAUAUUGCUAAUGUUUCGAGGGAAAAUGAAUAUAGACAGCCUUCAAACUCGAGCACCAAGCAAGAUAACACACAUGAAUUGCUUAAAGGAGACAACAGGAAGGAAAAAUCUUUGGCUCUUCUCACACAGAACUUUAUAAAGCUUUUUCUUUGUUCUGAUGUUGAAUUCAUCUCUCUUGAAAAUGCAGCAUCAGCUUUGCUGGGUAAUAUGCAUGAUCCAACUGCCAUGAGAACAAAGGUUAGGCGCUUGUAUGACAUUGCAAAUGUAUUUGCAUCUAUGAACCUGAUUGAGAAGAUUCGUCACCCAGAAAGUGGAAAACCAGCAUUCAGAUGGAUAGGACAGGUAGGAAAUCCUGGGAAUGGAUAUGGUAGUGCAGCAGCUAAUGUGACUGAUUUGAAGAGGACAUUCGGGGCAGAUAUUACAAACACUGUCCCGAAGAGAUACAAGGCUGGUUCUUCAUCAGAUUGGAAGCCAAGUGAACAUGCAACCCAGUAUGCAAAGCAUGGUAACUUAAAAGAUGAAAAUAGCAAAGUCUCACCUGAUCGGCAUAAACAUGGUUCUAAGGAUUUUGAGUUUGGGCCUUUCAGUCCCUCUAGUGUACCAAGAGAAGUUCUUGGAAACAUAAAUGUUGGGCAGAUUCCCAACUGGGAAAACCUGGCUUCUACGUAUCGCCCUCGAUAUUGCAACAAGGCUUUAAGUGAUCUUUUUGGUCAUUAUGUUGAGGCAUGGAAUUCGUGGUAUGUUGCAGCUGAUGCUGAUGAGAAGCAGCAUGACCAACAUUUGCCCUGAUGCACCUUACAUCCUCUAUUCCUCUCCUCUCAUUUCUAUAUGUGCAGCAUAGAAAUCCAAUGUACUCUUUUUCUCCUCCAUGGCAAAUGGGAAUAAUUGGUCCUGUUUUGUUUCCAAAUGUAUUCCUUUUGUAUUGACACCCAUUAUCAGUUUUGCAUCAAUGAUAGAAUUAUCAAAGAUUGUUACUUGUUAUCUUU